CUUCAUCUCUUUCCAUCAAAAAAUCUCUCCUCCUCCACCAAAAUCCUCCAACGAUGACAACCAUAGCUGCAGCUGGUCUCAACGUCGCUACUCCACGAGUGGUCGUUCGACCGGUGGCUCGUGUAUCCGGUCCGGUCCGGUUGAAUUACCCGUGGAAAUUAGGUUCGAUGAAGCGGAUGGUUGUGGUUAAGGCGACAUCGGAAGGAGGGAUAUCGGAUAAGGUGGAGAAGAGUAUACAAGAAGCCAAGGAGACAUGCGCUGAUGAUCCGGUGAGCGGCGAGUGUGUGGCGGCGUGGGACGAGGUGGAGGAGCUGAGUGCGGCGGCGAGUCAUGCUAGGGACAAGAAGAAAGCUGGUGGCUCCGAUCCUUUGGAAGAGUAUUGCAGUGAUAAUCCUGAGACUGAUGAGUGUCGUACUUAUGAUAAUUAAAAAAAAAAUGUUUUUGAUGUUCGAAUUAUGAAAGUUUAGGGUAUGGUCGUCAGAUCGAUGUUUGUUCUUCUUGUCCUUGUCGUUGUGUUUGUGUUUUUUGUUUGGUUGAUGAUUGUAAUGUGAUAAAUGAAUAUGAAUAGUACAA